GCAUACAUGCACACACACACACAGCACUUUUACAGGGCUUUUACAAACGACAUACAUAUCUCAUUAGUAUUAACAAAACAGCGCACUUUCAACGAAGAUUAUGUUUCCGACAAGUGUUACUGCAAAAAAAGAAAAAGCUGUCCGAGUCAUCGCGUGAUUUCACGCUUCCGGAAGUUAAAUGGCAUAAGAAAGAGAGAGCUGUCCGAGGUUCUGACGCUAAUUUGGGAAGAUGGAUGAACGUCAAGAGUCAUUGUCCUUUAUCACCAACACCGAAAACUCCUGCAGCUGCCCCUCCAGUAGUAAACCUGGCAGUACUCUACAAUGCAAUGGUGCCCAAGAGCCCCAGACCCUGCUGCGGGUACCUGAGUCACACGGACUCCAGCUGCUGAGCGUGCUCAGAUCAUUCAGGGACCAAGGCUUGCUGAUUGACUUCACCAUUAAGGUCCAGGAACACACUUUUCCCUGCCAUCGCUGUGUCCUUGCAGCAUGCAGUGAUUUUUUCAGGGCCAUGUUUGACAUUGAUAUGCGAGAGCGUGAUGAUGGUUCAGUGACUCUGGGUAACCUGUGUCCGGUGGCGGUGGGUUGUUUCCUGGACUUUGCCUAUUCUGGAGAGACACUCAUCACUGAAGGCAAUAUAGACAUGCUGUUUCAGCUUGCCUCUUUUCUUCAGGUAUCCGUCUUGUCCGAAGCGUGCAGCAACUUCCUGAGAGGAACCAUGGAUCUUUGUAAUUGUCUGUCCCUCUUCUCCCUCGCUGAGGGCUACGGCUCUGCCUCCCUCCUCCAAAGUGCCAACGAGUUUGUGGCUCUGAACUACUUUGAGCUUUCCAAUACCUAUGACUUUCUGGAUAUACAGGUGAAUGUGUUGGAAGCAUGCCUAAGGUCAGAUGCUCUAAAUGUGCCAAGCGAGGAGGCUGUGGUGAAGUCACUUCUCAGAUGGACACGCCAUGAUCGCUCGGAAAGACUAAAACUGUUGCCGGGCUUGUUAUCUCUAACUAGAUUCCACCAUCUCCCUGCACCUGUACUAAAGACUCUGCGUGACACAGACGCUGUCCUCUUCAGCAGUAAGUCCUGUCUCGCCCUGCUCUCAGAAGCUCAGAGCAGGCAGGAUCAGUACAGCGGCCUGCUCUCUGACGCCAGGCCAGCCACCACACAGAGCUACAUCUACAUCCAGAAGACGGAGGAGAACGGAGAAAUCCACCACAGCUUCUGCUACUGUCUGGAGACCGACCAGUGGAAAGAGCUGGGAACAGGGCAUGGGGAGGGGACAGCCAUGAUGCCAGACCUCCCGGGAUCCUACCUUACCAGCUUUGCUGAGAAGAUGUUUAUCACAGGUGGUUGCCGGGGGAACUGUUGCCGGGCAAUACGUCGUCAUAUAGCCGAGCCGUUCCAUGACGCCACGGACGAGGUUUGGUGCUUCUGUCCCGUGACCAUAACCUGCACGCCUGCACCAGCCAUGCUGAAGCCCAGAACCAUGCACACAGCUGUGACCUGCCUGGACCGAGUGUACGUCAUUGGAGGACGGACCAAGGGAUCCAGAGGGGGAGCUCCCAGUCUGCUGGAGGUGGAGUAUUAUAACCCUCUGACCCAGACCUGGAACUCGGUCAGCCCGCUGCCCACUACCAUGUUCUACCCUCAGGCCAGUGCUUGUGGCAGUGUUAUCUAUACACUGGGGUCAGAGAUGGAGAUCACAGACACCUUUAACCCCUCACUGGACUGCUUCUUCCGCUACGACGCCCAGCAGGACCAGUGGAGCCGCCUGGUGGCAGAGUUUGGCCAGUUCUUCUACGCUACACUGGUCAAGUCGGUGUCCAUUAAUAAUGCACUGCACAUCUGUGACCUCUCCACUUACAAGGUCUACAGUUUUUGUCCAGAGACCUGCGCGUGGAAGGCGGAAGGGUCAUUUGAGUGUGCUGGGUUCAAUGCUGGAGCAGUGGGUAUGAAAGACAGAAUCUACAUCCUGGGUGGAGACUAUUCACCUGACGAGAUCACUGAUGAAGUUCAGGUGUUCCACAGUGGGAGAAGUCAAUGGGAGGAACUGACUCCCAUGCCCAGAGCGCUCACUGAGUUCCACUGCCAGCUCAUCAGCUUCAACAGAUACAAAGACCCCUGGGGAGACACAGCUUAAUACACACAUGAGCACAUGUGAGUGGACACAUGUGUGUGUGUGUUACAUGUGUCACUGAUGGAUGUCAGACAGCUGAUAGAGAGAAUGUAAAACGAAACUAAAACCACAUCUCUCACACAUCAUAACAAGAGAGCACUUGAGCCAAAUGAUUUAUUACUUUUAUUAAUUUAAAGAUUUGAUCCUUAACUUUGUGCGUGUGAAGCACCUGCUGUUAUUGGAUCUUUGUUGUGUCAAUCAAAAUGUGGUCCCUCCCAUAGAGGAACCCCAUUGAGCAAAUGACUAUUUUCGAAAUUCUAUUUUAGUAACUUAAUGUUUUUUUUUCUGUGUAUUAAAAGGAGAAUUCCCCCAAAGAAGAACUCACAGUAUCUGCACUUUUAUCAGCUCUCCUACAGCUAGAAUAUAGAAAAGGUGACUUAGUUUUGUAACACCUUUGAGGCUCCAUUUACGCAGCCUUAAGGAGGAAUUCAGUGCCCUUUUCCUGCAUUUGGGAAUUUUGCAUCUUGAACGGAUCAAUUAAUUUUGUUCCAGCGGCAAUACAUAAAUACAUUCAUAAGUCCCUUUCCUAUAUGUGCUUUAUUUGAUGGUAGAGUUUAGAAAAAUACACAUUAUUUUUGUAAUAUUUUAGACAAUGGUCCAAUGUAUGGGUUUUCUUUGUUUGUUGUUAGCUGACGGAGACCUGCUCAUAUGUAGACUAUUACUCAUUUAAAAUAAUUUAAUGACAAUAAUGUGUAAAUUAUCUGGGUGGAUUUUCUCUUUAAACUACUCGCUUGUAUUAUGUUUCAGCCAUGUAUCCAAUCAUGCCCUGUUUCUCCUCUCAUGAUAUAUAAUUCUACAUGUGAUCAAUACACAGAUUGCCUGAUAACCUUUAGUAACUGCUUGUUUAAUUGAAAUGUGCAACUACAAAGAGAAACAUAACAAGUUUCAGAAACCAGGAGGAGAAAAAUAUGGGCUUCAUGGUGUAAAUCAUGAAUGCAUAGUAUGUUUAUGUUUGACUUUUUGUAAGUCGCUUUGGACAAAAGCGUCAGCUAAAUGAACUGUAAUGUAAUGCAAUGUUAUGUUAUGUUACGAAACAGAAAAAGAAUCCAACAAAUGAAAGUCUGUUUAAUGGCAAGACGUGAACAUAAACAUAAUGGUUCAAUAUUUGUGUUGAUGUCUUCUUCUUUGAAUAGAUACAGUGUCUGCAUCUGAGACAUUCAU